GAUCCAGGGUCUGUAACGUCACGGAGCUCCAGCCCAGCCCCUCCAGUGUGUUCCGACGGACAGCCUCGCGCAGUCUUUUCCCUUCAACCACUCCAGAAGCUCCUUCUUCCACCAAAUCGACUUGAAUCAGCGAGAGGGUUUUUUUUGAAAAUGCGGAAACGACCGUUUUAAAAACGCCUUUAGUGGGAAUUAUGCGUGUUUUAAACCGGACUAACGAUGUUGGAAUUAAAUCAAAACGGGCCUCUACUUUUUCCCCUGGAGUGACGUUAACUGCGCGUAAACUUUUCGGUCGGAGCGACUGCUCCACGCUCGGUUUCAUAAUGUCAACGGCCCUGAGUCGGUUAUGAGUGAUUGUUAUUGUGAUUUUUUUAACCGUUUUGAGCGUUUCCUGUCACUGCACUGCUUUUUAUGGACUCUUUUCUCGGUGGAAACCAGCUCAAGGAGGACUUCUUCCACACCUCAGGAAUUCGACGUCAGUGAACGCCGCAGCAGCUAACGUCCAAACAUGCCGCAGCUAAACGGGGCAGACGGAGACGACUUGGGAGCAAACGAUGAACUCAUUGCGUUUAAAGACGAAGGGGAACAAGAGGAAAAGAGGAAUGUGUCCUCUGAACGGGACCUAGACGACGUAAAGUCCUCUCUGGUCAACGAGUCCGAGUCCAGCUCAGACUCCGAGGCAGACAGACGCCCCAGGACCAAUCCAGAUGCGGAGAGCAGGGCCAGGCAGAAUUAUCUGUUUCAGGAAGCCCUGCGGAGGCAGCAGGACGCCGGCCUCUUCCAGCACUCCCCCUACGUUGGAUAUCCCUUCUUCAUGAUCCCGGACCUGGGGAACCUCUGCAGUCCCUACCUCGCCAACGGAGCUCUCCCACCAAGUGCCAGGACGUACCUGCCGUUUCAGUGGCCUCUGCUCGACGUCCCAGGACGAGCAUCGAUCAGAGACUCUGCUACUCCGACACACCUGUCUAACAAUGUGCCGGUGGUGCAGCACCCUCACAUGACCCACCUCCACCCGCUGCUGUCCUACAGCCCGGAGGCCUUCUCCCCUCAGAGAGCCUCGCCGGGCUUCUCUCCGGACGCAGGUCAGUCUCUCCUCUCCUCCAGAGACCUCCGAAAACACACCACAUCCACACGGCUACUACGCGUUAAUAUGGACGCAGAUGAGUUCUGCUGCUGGAGAGCAAACUUGCGCGUGGACGUUUUUGUCUCAAAACGCUGCUUAACCCUCGUGUUGUCUUCCCUGUCGACCAUGACGCUUUCUGAAACAUUUGGUGUGUGUGUUUUGGUUGGCAGCCUGAUGUCAGGGAACUUCUCUCCACGUUUGGUGCCGACCUCCCAGUCGUCCAUCCCGCACCCGGCCAUCGUCUCGCGGGAGGUGAAGCAGGAGCCUGCAGGCUGCAGCCAGCCGGGAAGGUCUGACGUCCAGCAGGAGAAAGAAGACGACAGGAAACCGCACAUCAAGAAGCCGCUGAACGCGUUCAUGCUGUACAUGAGGGAGGAGAGGCCCAAAGUGGUCGCUCAGUGCAAAGUUAAAGAGAGCGCCACCAUCAACCAGAUCCUGGGACAGAGGUGGCACUCCCUGUCCAAAGAGGAACAAGCCAAAUAUUACGAACUGGCUCGUAAAGAGAGACUGCUGCACUCCAAGCUGUACCCGGGCUGGUCCGCCAGAGACAACUACGGUAAGAAGAAGAAGAGGAAGAGGGCGAAGAGUGAAACUCAGUUCGAAGACCCUGAACAGGACUUCCCGCUGCAGCUGAAGAGACCUCGCGUCCCGCCUGACGAGACGCCUCACGCACACGCUCCGCCCCUGCAGCAGACCGCACACACACACUCGCACGCACACACACACUCGCACGCACACUCGCACACACAGCCCCGCUCGCACCUCUCCCAGCCGCACCCCGUGUCCCACCUGACGCACACCCACCUGUCCCAGGCCAGCCCCGCGUCCUCGCUGGACUCGCCAGCGACGCCGACCACGGCGCUGGCUUUCGCUUCGGGCCCGCCGACACGCACUACCCGAAGCAUCGGGGGGCGAAGCUCACACUCACACGGUGCCUUCACUCAGUCGCAGGCGUUCGCACGCAGAAGAACCAAUCAGCUGUGAGGAUCUGCUUUUCACUCUGAAUCAUCACAUCCAAUUAAAAAAACAACAAUGACAUCACAAACAGUUGGAUGUGAUUUGUACCUCUUUUUUUUUUUUUUUUAACGCUGUAAAUAGGCUUUCUUUUUUUUAAAAAAAAAACUUUUUUUAUUAUAGACGUAUCACGUUUUAUAUUAGUAUGAAAAGGACAAAUAAUUGGUCAAUAUUUGACCGCAUCUAUAACUUCAUGAAAUGUAUUUUUUUUUGUCACUUUUUUUUCCUAAUUCCUUUCUAUGAAUGAUCAACUUGUUGUAAUUUGAAAGCGAGGUGUGGCACGAGGGUUUGUUUGUUCCAAAUGUGUUAUUUUUCUCCCCCACCUGGUAGUUGUUGAGUGUAAAUCUGUGUCCUGGUUCCUCCUCUGUGUUAAUAAAUCUUCAGAGUUCUGACACGCUG